AUGGCGUUAUCUAACGACACGGUUCUGUCGGAGUCACAUUUUAAUCAUCUUGCCUUCAGGUUCACAAAGGCUCUUCACCCUCUGCGCAACUUUGAGGCAACGGUCAAAGUCGGUCCUGACGAUGACGGUGUGCUGAGCGUCUCUGAUAUAGGCAUAAUUCCUCCCUUGCGCGAGGAGUUGGAGUUUCAACCUACUGCUUGCCUGCGCUGUUGA